GAGGGAGUACCAACGUUGCUUGAGAGACGCGCUGCAGCUCUCAGCCUCGGCGUUGUGGCACUGCAGUGGAUUGAGCCGCUGGUGGUAAUUGAUCAUCCAACACCCAGGGACGUUCAAUUCAUAGGCGAGCGAGUGGUCAUGAAUAACCAAGAGGUGGAAGCGCUCCUACAAGAGUGCAAGAGGGCCCUGGAUGGACCCCCAGUGAAACCGUCAGAGGAGGACAAGACAGAGUACCAGCGUUGCAAAGCUUCACUCUCUGCUGAUCUGAAGACCCUGCUGGAACAGGCAAAGGAAAUGAAGUGGCCCUUUGUGCCGGAGAGGUGGCAAUACAAACAAGUCGUAGGCCCAGAAGACAAAACAAACCUGAAAGAUAUCAUCAGUGAAAAGCUUCCAGAUCUACUGGUUUUUCUGAAAGCUGCCAUCUCACUUGCAGACUACACUUCUGCAGCUGCCACAGUCUUUUUGAUUGACAGGUUUGUGUACUGGGUUGAUGCGUCCAGCAAACUUCUGCAGGUUGCCAAGGGUCUCCACAAGCGUUGCCUUGCAACACCAAUUGCGCCACAGGUGGUUCUUCGCCAGGCUCGAGUCUCUGUAAAUUCAGGUAAACUUCUGAAAGCCGAAUACAUCCUGAGCAGCCUCAUAAAUAACACCGGGGCAACAGGAACUUGGGUCUAUGAGAAACAAAGUGACUGUGUACUUGUCCAGGCUGUUAGUCUUCAGAUCAGGGGACAGAUUCUGCAGAAACUCGGAUUAUGGUAUGAAGCUGCGGAGUUGACCUGGGCUUCUAUAGUGGGGUUUUAUGAACUUCCUCACCCGGAUAAAAAGGGAAUUUCCACUUCAUUGGGAAUCCUGGCUGAUAUCCUGGUUUCAAUGAGUGAUAAGGAUUACAACCGAUUUAAACAUCAUCUUCAGACGGACUUGAUUCUGCUGGAGGAAUGUGCUCAUCGAUUGCUGUCAGCCGCAGAAGCAGCUAAAUUGGCUGCUGUGCUCAGUCAAUACAACCCACUCUUUGUCCUCACAAACAUGAACAUUUGUGGAACAUGUCUUCUGUCAUACAGUUUUAAGAAUGAAUGCCCGGAGGAAAAACAGUGUUACCUUUCACAAGCAAAAGAGGCCUUUGAAAUAGGCCUUCUUACCAAGAGAGAUGGUGAAGUGGUCACUAGUAUGCAAGAGCUGCAUGGACUUGUUAAAGCAGCUUUCUCUCUUGCAACUGUGCAAAAAUGGCUCACAGGAGACUGUGAAAGACAUAAAAAGAUGAGACAGAUGUGUAAAGAAGCCAUGCAGAAGCUGUACCUGUAUAGCGCUCAAGCUCAGGAAACCUUGGCAGGGGAAAUCAUGACACUGGUCAACAAAAUCAAAGUGCAUUUACAGAUAAAAGAUCUCUGUAAUUCUGACAGCAAGUCCUAUGUCCCAGACCACUACACAAUAUAUUGGGAUAAGCCCAUAGUCAAGGGAAGGAUGACCUUUAACAAGGUCCUUGAAAAACAUUCACAAUAUCACACGACAAUAUGUACGGUAUUUCAAAAUGCUUGCAGAAAAGGAAAAGAUAACAGUGAGGCCUCGGCGUAUGCCUGUAUCACUGCUUUGAAAACCGAUACAAAGGAACUUGAUACUGCAGUUUCUAAAUCAAACGCACCCCAUCCCAGAGGACUUGUUCUUCCACCGCAUCCUGUGCCUAAAGGGCCAAUCGACAGGCAACACGGUGGAAAAGUGCAGCAAGUGAGAAGCAAAUCAACUGCAAGCAAAUCCGAGAAACAAAAUACAGACCCCUCGGAAGACAGUGGAUCUCCCCAUUGCUCUUUAGGAAAUGACCCACCAAAUGUGUCAACAGAUGCCAAAGCAGAAUGUGAAAAUUUAAUGCCAGAGUACAGAGACAGUGACAACAAAGAUUGUCUGAAGUUCCAGAGUGACAACCAAGGCUACUCUGCAGAAUCCUGGAUGAGAGUAUCAGGCUCAGAAUCUCCCAACAGCUGGGAGAAAGUAACCAGCAAUGAAUGCUGUAGUUUGUCUCGGGUUGGAGAGAAUCAACGUCUGCGCACUUUGGACACACAGUGCUCCACAGCCUUGACUGAGGAUGUUGGGGAGCAACAGCCAAACAGCCACAAUCAAGACAUCAAAGGUUCUCAUUUACAAAAUAGUACCUUGCAGUCAAUCACUCAACCGGUCUCUCAGUUAUCUUUACAGCAUGGAGUUAGCCCCUCUUCUGCCUGCUCUAUUGGCGAUUUUAGUGCAGAAAAAGUGAAGAAAAGCCUUUCGUCUUCCUCCUCGAGAGAAUCUGGGUCAUUUGAAAUGGUGAACUUUACUGCUAAGUCUACACAUAAGAACAAUGAGAGUAAGGACAUGGGUCUGUGUAUAAAGAUCUCUGAUCAAAGUUCUCACUUUCCAUCUACCUCUGACCCAAAUCAUACAACCAGCAAUAAAGAUUCCCCUGCUGUGAGUGUUCGGAAAACCAAUUCAUCAUUUUCACGAGAAACUGGCUCAUUUGAGAUGGUUGACCCAGCCAUAGAAAGUGCUGAUGCUUUUGAAGGUGAUAUCAAUAACAAGAUGCUUCUAAACGCCAGUAAACAUGGGCACGUUCAGUCUUCCUGUAGUUCUCAACCAGGUUCCAGCAUGGCAAAUACCAUCUCAGUUGGCAUAAAUGUUGCAAGGCUUUCCAAGAUGCAAAAUGGAUCCUUAUCAGAGAAAAGCAGCUCUUUUGAAUCAUUGGUUGACUCUGCAGCAGACACUGUUGCAGACACAGAAGAAAGCACCAGCAACAGUAAUCUUCCAACCACAGCAGGAGUAUUUGAGAUCUUACCUAAAUACUUAGAUAAUGGCGGCAAGGAGCAGGAGAACCAAAAGCACUGUGACGACCAAAGAAACAAGAGCUCUGCUCAAUGCCUGCCUCCAAAGGAAGCAAACAAAGAUUGCAAUGAAACAGCAUCAACAGAAGCAGACAGUGAAGAUGAGGGGGACAGGUUGAAUAACCAAGUUCUCAACAGGAGUCAUAACUCCAGCUCCUCUUUUCAAUCAUGGUGCAAAUCACCAUUUUUUUCCAGCAGCGGCUCAGAUCUUGACUAUAUGAGUGUUUCUCUGAGUUCGAGUAGCAUAUCCUUUGAGUAUCUUUCAAAGAGGAACCAGACAUUUGAGAGACGUGUUUUAACAGAAGCAGAUUACAAAAGGUUCUUCGCAGGCAUAAAUCACGACAGUUUGAUACAGCGACUUAAAGGAACUGGAGUCUUUCCCCCUGAUGAACUUAAAAAUGUCUACACGGCUCUGCUGUUUAAAUAUGGUAAGAAAACAGACACUUGGACAGCUCAGGAAACAUUGGUUUAUAUUGGGAAGCCUUUUUCUGUUGAAAAAGCGGGAGCCCAGAGGACUGCUUUGGAAAUACGCUUCCUACAUCAGGAACAAAUACUGGGAAGGUAUGUUGGAAAGCAAUAUAAAAAGACAAAGGAACUGUCUUACCACUUCAACGAUGUUGAGCGGCAGAUGACUGCACAAUAUUAUGUAACGGAAUUCAACAAAAAACUGUACGAGCAGCAGGUUCCCACACAGAUCUACUAUAUCCCAGCAACUGUCCUUAUGCUUUUGGAAGAUGAACAGAUUGUGGGUUGUAUAAGUGUGGAGCCAUAUAUGCUUGGGGAGUUUGUGAAGCUAACAAACAACACGAACACCGUACGUAGAGAAUAUGAAGCAACUAUGUAUGGGCUCGCAUUCGGCCAUUUUACUUACGAGUUUUCCAAACAAGAAGAAAUAGUUGUUGAUUUACAAGGUUGGAUCACAGGUGAUGGGAAGGGUCUUCUUUACCUCACUGAUCCCCAGAUUCAUUCAGUGGGACAUCUUAAAAGGGGGCCAAACUUUGGCAACAAAGGCAUUCAAUAUUUUCUGAACGACCAACAUGAAGAAUGCAAUGAGAUCUGUCGCAUACUUUCUUUGAACAAAUCCUGACUGGAGGGAGUGAGAAAGAAAACCUGCAUUGAUUAAAUUUCUUAAUUGCAUCCAAACAUCUCAAAUCACUGUCAGAUUUAGUGAUUGUCUUUAUGAACAAAAGUUUUGAAGAGCUUUGAAAAUCUGUCCACUUGUUUUCCUGUUGCAAUAAGGGAGAUAAAUCGACACUUAAGAAGUAAGAGUACUAAGGGACAUGGAGAAAAGACGGAUUUGACUUCUGUAAGAUCCAGAAUCCUUCAGGAGAGAGAACACAAUGAUUGAAGGUAACAAGGUCAACCUUCCAUUAUUAAUCAUAAUAAUAACCUUCCAUUAACAAGAUCAAUCCCAAUAUCUGUCCCAAGGAUUCCUCACUGUUUUGGAGAGGUUGGGGUUGACGAGAUCAGACCGGUGUGCUCGACCAAUAGAGGUAUAUAAGGGAUGACAGUAUGCUCAAUGAUUUUUUAAAAAAAGAGCAAGUCAAAAGAGCAACAGACUCGCUAACUGCAAGCAACACUUAUAGCUGUCCUGGGACGACCUGCUCAAAGUGAUGGACCUGCACAUGAACAACAUUCAGCAAGAGCUCAGGACGCAGAUUGGAUUACCUGGUGGCGACCAACCCCAGUAAAAGAUCACAACUCUGACUCUUCACCAGAUUGCGGAUUAGAUUACCCGUCAGUUCUGAAUUACAUGUUGCAGUUGUAAGCAUAAUCUUUAACUACUAUAUAUAACUUUUUACUGCGAGUUAAUUAAAUAAACGUUGCUUGAUUACCUCUCAAGUCUCUGCCUGACUUUAAUAUCGGGCUCAAAACAAACUCGUGAGCAUAGACCUUUGGCUAGGCUGAAUGUUGUUUACACCUCAUGUUAAAACAAUCAAUUGAACAAUCUUGGUUAAACCCCAACAAUAAAAUAAUAAUAAUUGUUUUAAUGAGUGGACUUUCAACCUAUAGCAGAUCUUUAAUACAGUAUAUUUUUGCAAUGUAACAGGUGAAUAAAACAUGANUUUUUUUAAA